AUGCGCGACCACGGGUCGCACGUCGAGAUCGCGACGUACUUCCCGCGCCUGAUCUUCCUCACGAUCAUGUCGCUCGUCAACACGAUCGGCGCGAUCGCGGACUCUGUGCUCUACGGCCGCGCGAUCGCGUCGCAGGAGCUGAACGACGAGCCCGUGUUUAUCCUCGGCCACCCGCGCACGGGGACGACGCAUCUGCACAACCUGCUCUCUCGCGAUCCGUCCUUCGCGUUCGCGACCACGUUCAGCGUGGGGUUCCCCUCGGGUUUCCUCUCCUGCCGUUGGCUCGCGCCGUUCAUGGGCGCGAUCAUGGACGACACGCGGCCGAUGGACAACAUGGCGUUAUCGCACGACACCCCGCAGGAGGACGAGGUGGCGACGAAUCAGCUCAGCGGCGGCGCGUCGCCGUACAUGCCGCUGAUGUUUCCCAAACGCGAGGCGCUGUUUCGGCGGUGGUACAGCAUGAGGGACGGCGCGUCGAGCGCGGAGAUCGCGCGGUGGAAGGAGUCGUUUCUGUAUUUCCUGCGAAAGACGCAGUACGCCGCGGGGGGGAAGCGCAAGAGGCUGCUGUUGAAGUCGCCCGUGCACACCGCGCGCGUCGACGUCCUGCGCGAGAUGUUUCCCAAGGCGCAGUUCGUCUUUAUCCAUCGGAACCCGUACGAGGUGUUUCAGAGCGCGGUGCACAUGGCGGACGCGUACUACUGGCAGUGUUACUUCCAGGUCCCGAGCGCGGAGGACGUGCAGGAGUUCAUCCUGUAUCAGGGCGAGUAUCUGCACGACGCGUACGAGAGGGACAUUCGAAAGGUGAAGAAAGGGAACAAGCACGAAGUGCGGUUCGACGAACUGAAUAAAGACCCUCUCGGGACGCUGCGGGCGCUGUACGACGCGUUAGGGUGGAGCGCGAACUUCGCGAGCAUCCGCCCCGCGAUCGAGUCGUACGCCGGGUCGCUGAGGGAUUUCAAGAUGAACGCGCACGCGCGUCUGAGCGAGGAGGCAAAGGAGGUGGUUCGCGCGCGGUGGGGGAAUUGGUUCAAAGAUUUGGGAUACGACGAGUAG